AUGGAAACUCUGAUAAUGAUGUCACAAGAAACACCUUAUCAAAUCUUAAACCCGUGGCGCCAGAACACUCCAGCGGAUGAUGAUGCUAUGAAAGAAAAAAUUCUAAAACUUGGUAUUUGCCUCUUGCGUGGUUCAGAGAAAGCCACUGCGAAGGAGCUUAUGAGCCGUAUUACAUUGGCCAUGUCAAAGCUUAAACAUGGGACUAAUACUGAAGACAUCUUGAACGUUGAUGCCAAAAUUAUAGUUAAUUCUUCAGGUUCUUCCGGUAACGGGUAUACUGCUAUGGACACUACAGACGAUGAAGGUCCUCUAAAAUUGGUAAUUUGGAAAAUUUUCUUGCACCUUCGCCAGAUUGUUUGGGUGUGA